UACAGAGACGAAACAACAGUUAUUUAUUAUUAUUAUUAUUAUUAUUAUUAUUACUAUCAUCAUUUACCGCUUUGUGCUCGGACGGGAUGCUGAAACGAUGAGGAAUAAGAAGUUAGUAAGCGGGACGCUGCGGUGUGAAUCAGACUGGAGUAAACAGAGGAGUGUAGUGGAGCAGCAGUGCGGACAUCAUCAUAAUCAUGGCCGGAUCAUGAAGGCUCUGACUUUCCUCCUCCUGCUGCCCAACGCGCUCAGAAAGUCUAAAAAAGCAGUAAAAUCUUACAACAAACCGCCGACAUGCUGCACCACCAACACCCCGUCUGUCAGAAACACGAAAAGUACAGCGGAGCAGAAACAGGAUGUGAAAGAGAACAGCGGCAACUGCACUCCGACUCUGCCCGAGCAGGAGAGCCGAGUCCCGGCGGAGCAGAGAGAGAACACCGCGGCAAACAGCGGAGAGAAGGAGCCGGUCAGAGAAACACAAACAGCCCAGAAUAAUUCUCCCUCUACCUCCUUACGGGACAGGAACGCAGUGAUGUUCAAUAAUGAACACAUGGCAGAUGUGCACUUUGUUGUUGGUCCACCAGGAGCAACUCAGAAAGUUCCAGCACAUAAGUACGUUCUGGCAGUUGGGAGCUCCGUAUUCAGCGCUAUGUUUUAUGGUGACCUUGCUGAGGGAGAAUCCGAGAUCCAGAUUCCAGACGUGGACCCGGCUGCUUUUUUAGUACUGCUCAAGUACCUGUACAGUGACGAGAUUGAUCUGGAGCCAGAAACGAUUGUAGAGACUCUCUAUGCUGCCAAGAAGUACCUUGUGUCAGUACUCGUCAGUGCAUGCGUACGUUUCCUGGAGUCGAGACUGGAGGCGGGAAAUGCAUUCGCGCUGCUCUCUCACAGCUGUGCACUGGACGAGCCAGAGUUGGCACAGAGCUGCUGGAAGGUCAUCGAUGCCCAGGCUGAGUUGGCGCUGUGCUCCGAUGACUUCCUCCAACUCGACCCAGUGACACUAGAGGGCGUCCUCCGGCGCGACUCGCUAAAUGCCCGUGAAUCUGCCGUGUUGCAGGCCGCGCUGGCGUGGGCUGAAGCCGAAUGCCAGCGAUGUUGCACGAAUCCCACAGGUUUAAACAAACGAGCUGCUCUGGGCAAAGCACUUUUUCUCUUACGCCUGCCUGCAAUGACCCUGGACGAGUACGCAAACAGUGUAGCACAAUACGACUUCCUGACUCCUCAGGAGACACGCGACAUUUUCCUCUGGUUCACAGCUGCUGAGAAACCAAGGCUGGAUUUUCCUAUUACACCAAGGACUGGACUCGAGCUGCAGCGAUGCACACGUUUCCGAUCCUCUGCUUUCCGAAGUAAUCAAUGGCGAUACCAAGGACGCUGCGAUAGCAUCAAGUUUAGCGCAGACCAUCGGAUUUUCCUUGCCGGACUUGGACUUUAUGGAGCCAGUGAACAGGAAGCGGAGUACAGUGUCAGAAUCGAGCUGAAGAAAUUGGAAGUGGUGCUUGUGCAGAGGUCAAGCAAGUUUGUGUCAGAUGGUUCGGACUCUGUGUUCACGGUGUUCUUUGAGCAGCCGGUGCAACUGGAGCCGGACGUUUUUUACACGGUCAGCGCCGUUCUAUAUGGGAACGAGCUUAGCUACUUUGGUCAGGAUGGUAUGACCGAGGUACACUGUGGAAAUGUCACCUUCCAGUUCCAGAGCUCAUCAGAUAGCACAAACGGGACAGGGGUGGAGGCAGGGCAGAUUCCCGAGCUCGUCUUCUACACGUGAACAUUUGGACUGAGGUUUGAUUCCAAAUAGGACACUAAAAGAGAUCUGGCCAGCUCCUUUGUCCAGACUCUCAACAUUACAAUCAAAAUAGGACGGGCAGGUUCCCGAAAUGACACCCCUAACUUCUGUUCUACGUGUUAUAAUGUAGACUAGUCCAUUUGUGAGAAGAGAAGAAUUUAUGAGAGCAAACUAGGUCUAAAGAUGUUUAAUUCCAUAAGUAGGACAACAAAUAGGACACCAAGAGGACUAGGUGCUACAUUCAUGUGCACAGUCUGCAUCAGAGCUACACGGGUUUGGGUUAGCACUUACAGAAGAAGUAAGAACCACAUAUCAGAACCACAACAGAACCAUACAUUUAAGUAAGGUCUGGAUGAUUUAUUUCACAGAGCUAUGGACAUCGGGAUGAAAAAGGGAUAAAUCCAGGACCUGGACUGAGCCAUUUCAGAGAAAAAACACUAAUACACUGGGACGCUAAUAUUCCUUUUUAAGCUAGAACUGUAACAUAUUUCUAUUGGUUUAUCAGCCUUAUCUUUACAUAUGCAGAUGUGGGAACCAGCACUAGAACAAGAUUAGUGGGAAAAGUGCUUUAAGAGGUCCAAAGUGUUUGAACACUGCAGAAUGGGACACUGGUUUGGAAACAUGUAUCUGUAUUGUCUAUCUGUAAUGCUCUUCGAUAUUAUUUAUUAUUUAAUUACCCUAUUUUAUGCUUAUUUUAUGCUAUUUAAUUACUAACACACUGCAGCUCUUCCUUUCUGACAUGUUGUUUUUUUUUAUUUAUUGAUUAUUUGUUGACAGCUUGAUGCUGGACGUGAGACUUUCAAUUUAUUAAUGUACUUCAAAUGAAAAAUAAUAACACAAGCUGAAUGAU